AUGGACUCCAUAGCUAGCUGGGUUGAACAGAAUGUUGGUCAGAUAAAUUCCAAAUUACGACUCGAUCCCGUCAAUGAGAUUCACCUACCUUCGUUCGUCUUGGGAUGCUCGGUAAUGAUUUCAGUUUCAUUGCUGGGGCCAUUCAUAAGAAUGUUUAUUGGAGGCAUACUGUUGACUAUAAUAACGCUGAUUAAGUAUCUUGUCAUCAUAGGCGGGAUCACCGCAUGUGUAUUGGUCCUGACCACGAAGAACAAGAAUGGCGAUAUGAUGAAGAAGAAGCCAGCAGAAGAACAUCCAGAACUUGUCCAGACACUUAAGAAAUCUCAGCAAGAUCGAGAAAACGGGAAACCAGAAGGGAAAGUCGAGCUGGCCAAAGAUGAUUUCGAAUCAAUUAAGUACUACGAUAUACCCAAGGUUCAAUUAGAGGUUACGAGAGCACCCGCAGAGAAUGCAUACGACAGGUUUGUAAACAUGGCGGGGUUCAAAGACGGUCAACAACUAGAAUCUCGAGGUUAA